AUGGAACCGGAAUGCCCCCCCUCCUCCAAUUUAAUUUGUCGCACAGAUAAUUCUGGUAAUCUAGAAAAGUCAUCGAGUAACUUGGGGUGCGAUGUCAUGGAUCUCGAUUCGCCAUUGCUUAGACUGGGAGGUGCCGGCGUUCGAAAUCAUGGACAAAGCCAGCCUCACAGUCUCAAUCUUUCAAAUUUAGAUCUCUCGGGGGAUGGAGUUCUUUCGCCAAUUAGUGAUUACGACUGGUCUCAAAUUCUAGAACAGUUAGGCAUCAGUAGCCCUGCUGCGCCACAAGAUCUAGAUGCCAUCAAUUCCACAUUUCUAUCGAUACCGCCAGCACACGUACACCGGCACGCACACGAAGAUCACGGCGUUUUUCAUGACUUCAUUGAUUAUGAUUCACUAUCGAAUUUUGAGAAGCUCGGCAAUGAGCUUGCUGGGCCACCAGACCCGGGUUUUUCGUUUCCCAUCCAAAGAAGCGAUAAACACCACCUACAGGGUCAAAGCUGCGCGCCGGCCCUCAUCACUGGCCCUUCAUCAUCCUCUCCACGAAGUUUGAGUGCACCCGCCCAGGGAGAAUUGAGUACGAACCCAAUCGCUAUUAAUCGAACAGCACGGCCAAAGUCGAAGCCUGCGCCAAAAGUCUGUAAGGAUAUUUGUGACUCAGGCUGCGAUAUGGUUUUCAAUAGUGAAAAGAUGCGCGGCUACCACAUAUACGAAGUUCACAAAAUUAAAGCUUAUAAAUGUCCCUAUGCGGGCUGCAACCAUGAGACUUCAAGAUAUGACAACGCACAAGCCCACCGAGCAAAAAAUUGCAAAUCCGAGGCCGCGGUCAAGAAAAGACUUUCCGCUUUAAAUUUGGCUACUAUUAAGAAAACCCCUAAAAAGCGACCACGUUGCAGUAUCAAAGAUUUAAACCCUGGAGCACCGACCCAACAACCACAGUCUUCAGAAAUUCCACCGUCCCCUGAUAAGUCCGCAAGUACAAAUGCUACCAUGAGAGCAGACUCUCGACCCACCUUUAGGAGUAGCGGAGCCAGCUUGUUAGAUGUCCAGACUUUCUUAAAGAUGAGAAAUGGUAGCUCACUGGCCGUGGAUGAUCCAAAAGCCCCAUCCCUGCCGGAUAGUUUGGCCACCGAUGAGCUAGGUCUGAAGGACGCUUUAGAACGCUUUGAACGCGAGAAUGCGAAUCUCAAGCGGGAAGUUGCACACCUUAAGCGUCAGAACGACACAUACUCCUUCUUUUUCAGAAGAGUUUUUGCACCUUAUCGCGAAUCCCGCGAUUGUGAAUGCAAUCACUGA